AUGGCAUUCUUCAACACCCUUCACUCUUUUCUCUUCCUCUCUCUCCUCCUUCUCCUCUCUCCCCAUCUUUCUCUCUCCUCCCCUUCCUCCAUUCAUGACCUUCUCCGCUCAAGAGGUUUACCGGCUGGUCUCUUACCAGAAGAAGUAAAAUCCUACACGUUCUCAGAAAACGGUCGCUUAGAAGUUUUCCUUGAAUCACCUUGUUUAACAAAGUACGAAAAUAGAGUCUACUUUGAACGAAUAAUCACUGCGAAUCUCACCUAUGGAAGCCUCAUUGGUGUUGAAGGUUUGCAACAAGAAGAGCUUUUUGUUUGGUUACCGGUUAAAGAUAUCAUUGUUGAUGAUCCUUCUUCUGGCUUGAUUCUCUUUGACAUUGGUCUUGCUUAUAAACAACUCUCUUUCUCUCUCUUUGAAGUUCCACCUCAUUGUAAACCUCAAGGUGUGUUGAAGAAUGGUGUGAGAAAGGAGAAAGGUUUUGAGGCAGUGAGGUAG